AUGAGCGACAUUAUUGAAAAUGAUUUGACAGUGUCACCUAUGUCCUCCGAUUUUUUACAAUCGAGCAGACAUGAUAAUAGCCAUGUAGGGACAGUCGUUAUUCAUGGCGUUCCCAUUAUUAGUCUUAUAAAUGAUGGCAAAGAACGUCUUUGUUUAGCCCAAAUAUCAAAUGAUUUAUUAAAAAGUUAUAACUACAAUGAGAUACAUAAUCGACGUGUUGCAUUGGGUAUUACUUGUAUUCAAUGCACUCCUGUUCAACUCGAGUUAUUGCGUCGUGCAGGUGCAAUGCCGAGUUCAUCACGCCGAUGUGGAAUGAUAACGCGACGAGAGGCCGAACGUUUGGUGAAUUCAUUUCUGGAAAAAACAAAACAAUUGUCAUUACCUGAUAAUUUUGUUUUUGAAGUUUAUCAUCAAUGCGGCUGGGGUAAUCGUGGAUUAUUUAUACCAAUUCGAUAUAACAGUUCACGUGCAAAAUGUAUUAGAUGCUCAUUUUGUGAUAGUUUUUUGUCGCCAAAUAAAUUUAUAUUUCAUUCACAUCGUUUACCAAACUUGACCUACAUUCAACCAGAUUCACCUAAUUUUAAUGCUUGGCGUCGACAUUUAAAAUUACAUAAUCCGUCAAACAGUGAAGAAUUGCAUGAUGCAUGGGAAGAUGUCAAAGCAAUGUUCAAUGGAGGAAAUCGCAAACGAACGUUAUCAUCCACCACCAUCACAACUCAUGGUAAUAGAUCACAUCAAACAAAUUCAGAUGAUACAAAAAUGUCUAAGACUGAAAAUGAGGAAGAACCAAUUGUAUCUCCAAAACGUUUGUCAACAAAACUAUUAACGAAGGAAAAACGUAUUCACAAUGAACUAGUUGUAUCAUCAACAACUGCUGACGAUUACUCAGAAAAACGCCUUGAAUUACCAUCAACACAUUCUAUAUCUUCUUCGCCAGAAAUGUCUUUCUACUUAGCGUCAUCUCGAAUACAUCUAAAUCCAUUUCAUCAAUUGUAUUCACAACCAUUCGAGAAUUACACGUCGAAUUCAUCACUUCACUCACAUGAUUUACAACAUUGGUGGAAAUUGUUUAAAACACCUCUUUUCACAACGGCUUUACGUCCGUUGCCACAUCGAAGUAAUUUUCAUUUACCAUUACCAACCAAAAGCUUCUACGAAGAUUUACAACUACCAACAACACAAAUUGGCGGUAGCUUGAAUUCUGCAUUCAAAUCUCUUCUUGAUUUAAAACAACCAGCAAAAGUAUCACCAACAGGAGAAGACUGUAAAAUAAUAAAACAACAACAACAUGAUUAUUUUAGAGCGUAUAAUCAAUAA